UCGUAUUCUCGCAGACCACUCGAAAAUGCAGGCCCUUAGAAACAUGCCCUGUCUGUUAGACCGGCGGUGAUAUCACAGUCAUCAUCGUCUUGGCCAAGCCUUCUGAUAAGCCAGGACGGCCAAUUUCUCCCUCACACCAUGUAACUGUAAGUUCCUUUCCUGGUUGGAUCCCACAGGGUCCAUCCAAUCAAGCGGCUUCACUCGAGAGGGUCCCGACGGACGUCCGAUGCAUUGAUUGCUCAAUGGUAUGCAUACAGCUGCCCAUCGCUCCGACCCCAAUAAUCGAUAAGAAUCACGCGAUGAGUCGUCGUCGAGUGGCGGAGAUAAAUACUCUCCGCAUUCCUGCUUGAGCUCCUCUCCUUUCCCCCCUUCAGCAACCCUUGUCCGCCGUUGAGCCCAGGGGAGAGACAAUUCACCAUGUGGUCAUCCCUCCUCAGCCGCCCAGCGCUCUCGCUGGCGGUGCUUUCACUGCUCAGCUCCUCUGCUGCAGGAGAGGUUUUCGAGAAGCUGUCUGCCGUACCAAAGGGCUGGCACUACUCGAACACCCCCAGUGGUGACACUCCCAUUGCCCUGAAGAUCGCGCUGCAGCAGCAUGAUGUCGCUGGCUUCGAAAAGGCCCUCCUGGAGAUGUCCGAUCCGGACCACCCGAGCUACGGCAAGCACUUCAAGACCCAUGAUGAGAUGAAGCGCAUGCUUCUCCCCACCGAUACCGCCGUUGACGCCGUUCGCGAGUGGCUUGGGUCCGCCGGAAUCUCCGACGUUGACCAGGAUGCCGACUGGAUCAACUUCCGCACCACAGUUGACAAGGCCAAUGCGCUCUUGGAUGCCGACUUUAAGUGGUAUGUCAGCCAGGCGAAGCCCAUCCGUCGCCUCAGAACACUGCAGUACUCCAUCCCCGACUCGGUGGCUUCCCAUGUCAAUGUGAUCCAACCUACCACCCGCUUUGGCAAGAUUAGCCCCAACGGCGCUAUCCUCCACAGUAAGCCUUCUCAGAUCGAUGAGACCGCCCUCACUUCGGCGAUCCUUUCGAAGGACAGCUCGCACUGUGAUAGCGUUAUCACUCCCACCUGUCUGAAGGAGCUUUAUAACAUCGGUGACUACAAGCCCGAUCCCCGCAAAGGAAGCAAGAUCGCCUUCGCCAGCUAUCUGGAGGAGUAUGCACGGUAUAGUGACUUGGCCAAGUUCGAGAAGAACAUUGCUCCCUGGGCUAGUGGCUUGAACUUCUCUGUCACUCUGUACAACGGCGGUCUCAAUGACCAGAACGCCGCGAGCGACAGUGGCGAGGCCAACUUGGACCUGCAGUAUAUUGUUGGUAUCAGCGCCCCGUUGCCCGUCACCGAAUUCAGCACUGGCGGCCGCGGUCCCCUUAUUCCGGAUCUGACCCAGCCGGAUCCCAACAAGAGCAGCAACGAGCCGUACCUCGAGUUCUUCCAGAAUGUUCUGAAGCUCAACGAUAAGGACCUCCCCCAGGUCAUCUCCACCUCCUACGGCGAGAACGAACAGGAAAUCCCUGAGAAGUACGCUCGCACCGUCUGCAACCUCAUCGCCCAGCUCGGUAGCCGUGGUGUGUCCGUUCUCUUCUCGUCCGGUGACUCCGGUGUUGGCGCCGGUUGCAUGACCAACGACGGCAAGAACACCACUCACUUCCCUCCCCAGUUCCCCGCCUCCUGCCCAUGGGUCACCUCCGUUGGUGCCACCUACAAGACCAACCCUGAGGUUGCUGUCUACUUCUCUUCGGGCGGUUUCUCCGACUACUGGGGCCGCCCCGAGUGGCAGGAUGAGGCCGUCAGCAGCUUCCUUGAGGCCAACGGUGACAAGUGGGACGGUCUGUACAACGCCUCCGGCCGUGCCUUCCCCGACGUCUCGGCCCAGGGUGUGAACUACGCUGUCUACGACAAGGGUGUGUUGGGCCAGUUCGACGGCACUUCCGCCUCCGCCCCAACCUUCAGCGGCAUCGUGGCUCUUCUGAACGAUGCCCGUCUCCGCGCUGGCAAGCCAACCCUCGGUUUCUUGAAUCCCUGGCUUUACAAGGCUGGCCGUGACGGCCUGAACGACAUCGUCCACGGAGGUAGCAAAGGCUGUGAUGGCCACUCUCGCUUCGGCGGCGCCCCUGAUGGCGGUCCUGUUAUCCCCUUCGCUAGCUGGAACGCUACCAAGGGCUGGGAUCCCGUCACUGGUCUCGGAACACCUGACUUUGGCAAGCUCGUUAAGCUUGCUGUGGGCAAUUAAGUGAUGGGGUGUAUAUUCUACAGAUACCAAUGAUAUAUAUGAUGUACGUUACUUACAAUUCGGCGUAGCAUGUCAUGUGUC